AUGGGUUCAUCAGAAUUAGUGGCUUCCGUUAUGUUUUCCGGCCAUCAUUUGGGAGGGAUGAAGGGAUUUGGUAGCGGUAGUCUUGGAUUUACGACUCAGGAUUUUGAAUUCAAUGGGGCUCCGACUGGGACAAUGAAUUUAUUGUCGACGAUGGAUAAAUCGGGUGCUCCGACCCAAAUUCUAUCCGCUCUACCUCAGUAUAUCGGCGGUUGUGGUUCUACCUUUAGCACAGCAGAAGCUCAGAAUAGAACUCUUAAUAGAUCUGAGCCAGAAACUGCACAGAUGGUGAUAUUCUAUGCGGGUCGAGUACAUGUGUUUAAUGACUUUCCAGUGGACAAGGCAAAUGAAAUUAUGAUGGUAGCCACUGGACAUAACCAGUCGACCACCGCUGUUCCGCCACCUUAUAUGGUGCCAAGUCCAGCUGAAUCCACCACCAACAACAUUUCAGUUGCUGCCCCCGGUUUUGACCGCCUUCAUUACACUACUCGUUCACCCCUUGGUUCAAAUUUACCAAUUGCAAGGAAAAAUUCGCUAGCCCGAUUCCUGGAGAAGAGGAAAAACCGGAUUGCAGCAAAAACCCCAUACCAAGCAAGCAACCAAACGGCGGCUUCGAAGCAGGUUAGAGGCGAGACUUGGCUGGGAUUGUCUCCUCAAUUUCCUUUCUAA